UCAUAACUAUGCGCCAGUCUCUCUAGUCUCGACAACGUGACGAAAACAUGGGGAGUCAGUUUUCCUUCUGACAGAUAGUUUCUUCUUUCUGAGGUCCUCGCGCCACUUAAACCGACAUUUGAGAGUCAGAGUGUCAUUUUGAAGCUUGCUGGGAGCUGCAGAGCGCGAGGCCGUUCAAACGUCACGUGAACCGAGCUUUUUUUGCGGUUGUUUUGCUAGCAGCAUGGAUAACUCCGAGGAAAGUGCCAUUGAGCUCCACGGGGAUGAGGAAAUUAUUGAAGUCAUCGACCUGAACGACACGGAGCCUGGCCCAGAUGAUUUGGCUGAUGACUUGGAGGACGUCGACUUCGAUGACGCGGGAAACGCAGGUGAUGACAAUGACGGCUGGGAGACUGAGGACGAGAUGGAGGCUGAGGCAGAGCAGGACGACAGCGAUCUCACCUUCUCCAAACACACCGGCUCGGUGUUCUGUGUGAGUUUGGACCCAGCGACCAACAACUUGGCUGUGAGCGGAGGGGAGGAUGAUAAGGCCUAUGUUUGGAGGGUGAGCGAUGGGGAAGUUCUGCUGGAGUGCGCAGGUCACAAAGACUCAGUGACGUGUGCCAUGUUCAGCCAUGACUCCUCCCUGGUGGCGUCCGGAGACAUGAGCGGCUUGAUUAAAGUCUGGAAAGUAGAAACUAAAGAGGAGAUCUGGUCCUUUGAAGUGGGAGAUCUGGAGUGGUUAGAGUGGCAUCCCUGUGCUCCUGUGCUGCUGGCGGGAACGAAUGAUGGCAGCGUGUGGAUGUGGAAGAUCCCCGCAGGAGACUGUAAAACCUUCCAGAGUCCUGCCUGUCAGGCCACCAGCGGCAAAAUCCUCCCUGAUGGUAAACGGGCUGUGGUGGGUUAUGAGGAUGGAACAGUACGCGUGUGGGACUUGAAGCAGGGAAAUGCUAUCCACGUCAUUAAAGGUCAGGAUGGACACCAGGGGGCGCUAACCUGCCUGGCUUGCAAUAAGGACGGCUCUCUGAUGCUGACGGGUUCAGUGGACGGCUGUGCAAAGCUCAUCAACAUCACUGCGGGAAAGGUGGUCGGCACGUUCUCUGUGGAAGGAGGCAAAGGAAAAGACUCAAAAGACGAAGAAGAAUCCAACUCUGUGGAAUCUGUGGGAUUCUGCAACAUCCUGCCGCUCAUCGCUGUCGCGUACUUGGACGGGACUCUGGCCAUAUAUGAUCUCUCGACACAAGCCCUGAGGCACAGAUGCCGGCACGAGGCUGGCAUCGUUCACCUGCAGUGGGAAGAGUCUUCUUCUGUGGUGUCCACCUGCAGUUUAGACGGCGCGCUGCGUUUAUGGGACGCUCGUUCAGGCAACAUGGUGGCUGAGUACAAGGGCCACACCGCAGAGAUCCUGGACUUCACUAUGAACAGGGAAGCCACUCUUGCCGUAACCGCUUCAGGAGACAACCAGGUGAAAGUCUUCUGCCUCCAAAGACCUGAUCGGUAAAAGUCGAGACAAAAGACAAACAAAAGAGAAGAGAGAAUAUUUUAGGAGAUGAGACUUUGUUUCCAUUCAUCUUUCUCCUCAGGAUGUUAAAAUGCUCUCUUGUGUGCUCUUGGAUGAUUCUGAUCUGAUUUUUGUUGUAGGACUGUAGCAACCAAAAGAUUAUUAUUCUUUUUAAUUUUUUUUGUCCUCAUAGCACUUCACGUUUGCUUCAUGGGCAGAUGUUUAAACCUCUUGAAGUAACUCUGAGAUUCUUUAAAACAAA